UUUUAAUGUCUAUUUGUAUUCAGUACAUUGUUUAUGUGAAGUGUGCUACAUAACUCAAACUGAUUUAAACAUAUAUCUGUCAAUAACAUCUUAAUAUAGGCUCCUUACUACAUUUCUCUUCUCCUUUAAAUCUGCAGUUUAGAUGAAUGAACAUCAAGUAGAAUGUGAGUAAUUUUAAUAACCCACUAUGACUUUAGUUUAUAUAUCAUAAAUCUUUAUUCUGGUGUACUAUAUCUCCUCUCGACAGCCUAAUACCAUUCUUAUUGCAGAUUUUUUUCCCAUUGUAAUCAUUUUCACUAGAAUAUUUUAUGAGAGAGAUAUUUUACUAAUGCACACUGGUUAAAAAAAAAAAAAAAAAACCCAAAACAAAUUAAAAAACAAAAAAAACAAAAAAACAAAAAAAACAAAAAAAACAGGAUCAAAUGACCUCCUGUCUUCUGUGUGAUACUGGGCUAUAUAUAUCAGGCUAUUUGAUGUAAUUGGAUAUUUUUCUGGAUAAUAGGAUGACAACAUAAUACUCAUAAAUAAUUACCAGAUUUAUCACCAUUCAUCCCCAAGUUUCUGUGUGGUCAUUGGUCCCCUGGAAAAAAAUGAAAUGGUAAAAGUUCAUCUUUUGGGGCUGAAAUACCUUCAACAAUUUAACAUUGGGGACUCAAGUGGAUAAAAUUAAUUAUUUAUUUAUUUUGUUUUUGACAGGUUUACAAGUACUGCAAUUAAAUGGGCAACUGGGAAUAUUACUGAAGUUGCCAUUGCUGACCCUAUAAUGUCCAUACAGACUGUUAUCAAGUCCUAUCCACUCCAUUAUCUCUAUAUUAAAAAUAUUCCAACAUUUCUGUGAGCAUUUGGGUCAAGCUUAUGUCUAAAGAGAGAAGGAAAAAAAUGGGGUGGUGUUGUACAUAAAAGAUCUUUACCACUGUUUCCUGCCAAGAAUGGAUGAUGUUAGUGUUCCAAGCAUAAACGUCAUAACACAGAGCACAUACUGUUUUUUGCAAUGUUCAAUUAGGGCAUUAUGUCUGAUUUCCACUUGCACGUUUGUGCAUGUCCUUAGUGAGAUGAUAAUACAUUUUUGAUUCUUCACAAACCCCUGUGAGGCAGUGCUUAAGUCACAAGUAUAACAAUCUAAAGAUGAGCUUUAAGAUAACACCCAAUACUCCAGAGACCUGCCUGCUGUUCAAAAUCACACCUAUAAAGCCUUGAAUGUUUUAUCGGGUAGUCACAGGCAGCCAUAACAUAAGUUGAUAAAGAUGACGGCUUUGUGUGUAUGUGGUUUAGAUACAAGGUUUACUGUGCAUUGAAGUACAUGAAUGCUUUUUUGCUAUGUUGCCUUUGAGUAUUUGAAUUCCAGACUACAGGCAAAAAUAUUAUAAGAUGUUAUCAUAAAUGCAUAAUAUAUACAAUGUGUAAUGCUUAACCGUAGUGUACAUGGACUCAGUUAUCCAGCAUGAAGUUAUCAUGGUUACAGUUUAUGAAUAAAAUGUAAUCAUAACAUUCAAUGUUUUUUCCUCUUUUUAUGAUUUUUUGGUUAUUAUGUUCAUUGGUGUGAUUGCUAAAUUGAAAUGCAUAAAUAUUUUCUCCCUAAUAAACCAUGAAGCGAUGAUUGGUUUCUCAGUUUUAUAAGGAGCAAAAGCUAAGAAAUGAACAACCAAUAUAACACAUCCUCUUUUUUACAGAUUAAUGUCUUUAAUCUCUCUUCUGAGAGUGUUUUUCCUGCAUUUCUAUUUGCAACUCUGAAUUACAUGAUCAUACUAUUUUGCAACCUUACUCUGAUCCUCACCAUUGUGCUGAAUAAAUCUCUGCAUCAGCCAAUGUACCUAAUUCUGCUAAAUCUUCCUAUUAAUGACCUUAUAGGUUCAUCGGCUCUCUUUCCACAGCUCAUCAAAGAAAUACUGAGAAACAGUGGGAUAAUGCAAUACUCAGCUUGUGUUGCUCAAGCUUUCUUUAUCCAUAUAUAUGCAGCAGGCACUGUGUUCAAUCUGAGUGCAAUGGCAUAUGAUAGAUACAUUGCCAUAUGUUACCCACUGCAGUACAGUACUGUGAUGACUAAUGCCCAUAUCAUGAGAAUAAUCACCAUUGUAUGGAUGAGUUGUUUAGUUUUAAUUGCUGUGCUUUUUUUCUUACUUUUGCGUUUGCCUCGUUGUCGAUCUGAAAUGACUCACAUUUACUGUGAUAAUCCAUCUCUGCUGACUUUGGUCUGUGCUGACACAACUAUUAACAAUAUCUAUGGGAUUUUGAUAAGUGCGUUUUCAGAAUUAGUGGCUAAUGGAAUUGUUUUGUAUACAUAUCUCCGGAUCCUCAUAGCAUGCUUUAGAUCUAAACGAUCAGAUACAAAAGCCAAAGCUCUGCAGACAUGUGCUACACAUCUGAUUGUUUUUCUCUUGUUGGAGUGUCUUGGUCUUUUCACUAUCAUAUCAUAUAGACUAAGUAAUGUUUCACCCCAUUUCAGAAGAUUUAUGGGUUUGUCAACUUUAAUUUUUCCCCCAACACUGAAUCCAAUCAUCUAUGGUUUGAAAACAAAGGAAAUUCGAGAAAAGGUGUUGAACUUUUUAAAGAAUAGGAUGUUUUCAUCUUAAUGCACUCUUUCAAAAGAAUCUGAUGUAGCAUGCUGAAACAUUUUAAAUGUUUUAUUUUCCCUUAUUUAUCCUGCUGUCUGACAUUAAUUCAGUCACUCUGUUGAGUCUUUUAAAAAAUUGCUGAUUAAGUUUUCUGAUGACAGAUAUUGUAAUGCUUUUUU